AUGAACCCUCAGGAGCAGCCUAUGGACGCAGAGACUAAAUCGCGAUUGGCAUCAGUCCCAGCUUGGGGAUCCUACCUCUACCAGAACUUUGUUCUUCCCGCCUUCUCGCCUACUGCCAGCAUGUCGGAGUGGCUCAAUCUCAACACCCCUUUCGCCGCUCUCACUCCUCGAGCUUCGGCGAUUCACCACAACUCGCAGCAGCAAGGGCAAGGGCAGGGACAGGGACAGCAGCAGGGGCAGGCACAAGGGCAGGAUUACUUUGGAUCAGGAUGGGGCAAGGUGGAGGAAGGGAUCAGGACGGACCAAGGCGGAGCAGAAUCGAACGCGUCGAUGCCCUUCACCUUCCAUGGGUCGAGCGGCGUCCAGCAACCCAACUUCAACUCGUUCGGUUUUGCUCCUCAGCAUGUCGCCCCGCCCAUGCAGCAAAGCUCGUCCGUCCCUUCCUACAACCGCACCGCCGGCGACUUGCCAUACAACCGCAACGCCGAAGCUGGACCCUCCUCGUACUAUACCCCACCCUUCAACUACAACUCGUCCAUCGCCACCUCCCUCCUCUUGAACCAGCAACAAUCCAUCCCUCCAUCCAGCUACUCGGCACCCCUCCCUCCUCAUCCCUACCCUCACCGCCCAUCCGCCGACCGAGCAAGUCAACCCGGUUCGCGUGCUUCCCUCAGCAUCGUCGACAACCAGCUCACCCACUCUCCAUCCCCCAUCAACUCGAUCAACCACACCCCUCAGCAGUCCCCCAAGCGCGUCGGAAAGCGGCGACUCGACUCGCUCGACUCGGCCGAGGAGCAUGACAGCGAGCAUGAGCCGGACGUGCCAGAGGGAGUGGAGCGAGACGGGGUCAUCUGGGGCAUGAAGGUGGAGGCGUAUCGCGCUCUCAGCGCAAGGGAGAGGAAGCGCGUCAGGAACAGGAUCUCGGCGCGGACGUUCAGAGCAAAGCGGAAGGAACACCUCUCAUCACUUGAAGAAUCCUCCAACAUCAAAGACCUCAAGCUCAAGCUCGCGCAGGAGGAGACCCUUCGUUUGCAGCAGGAAGUCGCUGAGCUAAGACGGCGUUUGGCGCAGUACGAAUCGUGA